CUAGAAAUAAGAAACAGUCAUCACAUAGCGUUUAUGUCGGAUAGACAAAAGGGCAUAAUUGGAGCAGUUAAGGACUUGUUUCCUUUUGCUGAACACAGAAGUUGUGUUAGGCAUAUGUACCAAAAUUUCAGAGGAAAACACAAAGGCAAAGCUUUGAAAGAUUUGGUGUGGAGUGCAGCAAUUGCCAGUAAUGAAAUAACAUUCAAGAAAUGUAUGGAAAAAAUUGAGCAAGAAGAUAGAGAGGCAAGAAAUUGGUUCAAUCAUCCAGAAAGACCAUUUCAAAGUUGGACUAGAGCCUUAUUUAAAACAAAUAUUAGAUGUGAUAUGUUGCUCAACAAUUUGUGUGAAAGCUUCAACAAGUAUAUACUUGAUGCCAGGGAUAAACCAAUCAUUACAAUGCUAGAAAUGAUAAAGAAUAAGCUAAUGAAGAGAUUGCAUAGCAAGAGAAUCUGGAUUGAAAAAUAUCAAGAUAAGAUUUGCCCCAAAAUUGUCAAAAAACUUAACAAAAUUAGUAAUGAGGUUGUUAUGUUUAAACCUGACUAUUCAGGGGGACCAAAGGUGUUGGUUAAUGGACCUGGGGGACCAUAUGUGGUGGAUAUGAUGGCUAAGAGUUGUACUUGUCGGAGAUUUGAGCUAACUGGAUUGCCAUGUCCUCAUACCUAUAUCAGUAUUAUUGAUAACAGUGAAAAAGUGGAAGAUUAUGUGAAUCCAUUCUAUCAUAUUGAUACCUUUAAGAAUGUGUAUUCUCAUUACAUCAACCCAACAAAUCAUGAAGAUCAUUGGCCAAAAAUAUUAAAUGGUGGACAAGUUUUUCCUCCUAAUGUUGUGAAGAAAAAGAGGGGGAGGAAGCCCAAAAAUAGGAAGAAAGAGCCAGAAGAAUUAGAGAAGCAAAAAGCUGCUGAAACUACUAAAAAAAAAAGCUCGAAAGAAGACCGAAAACAUGAAACCUCAGAAGUUGUCAAAAAAAGGCUUUGUAAAAGGAAGGUGUUCAAUUUGCAAGGAGGAGGGUCAUAAUGCAAAAGGUCAUUAUAAUGUGCUCAAAAAGGGUUGUUGGCACAUCUUCCAAUCAAUCUCCAGAUCAGACCUUAGAGCAAGCUGAAAAUGAUAACUUCUGGGACUAUUCUAAAUUUUAUCAUCCAGAAAUGUGAGUAAAUUCUCAAAUGAAUUUGAACUUCACAAAGCAGUCAAAUACAACUCAGGUGUAUGCUGAAUCUGUUGAUUGAUCUUCCACUAAAAAGUGAAGAAAUCAUUUUGAAAGAAAAGAAAUGAAGGAUUAUGUAGUUGCUUUGCAGAAGGAGAAAAACUCUAGCAAACAUUUGAGAUUAUGUAUUCGUGUCUUUUGUUAGUUAUGUGAAGCACUUUUUUAGACAUAUGAUCUGUCUUCUUUUUGCUAAAACCUCUGUAGUAACAUUAUGGUCUGCUACAGUGUGUUGUUGCCACUUGUCUAUAAAAUAUUAUUUAGUUGUAAAUAUAGCAAAUCAUGACACGCUUUUUUGAAGCGUUUAUGCUAAAAAAAUUAUUUUGAAG